GACGUUAGAAAAGCGGUCACCCAUCUGUCAGUUGAAGAAUGGUAGUGAUUUAAAAUUUUGUGUGAGUGCGGAAGUGUCCACGCACAAAGUGCUGUGUGUUGAAGUGUAUUUCAUGUAGCUCAAGUACAACAAUGCUUAAAUUUGGGAGCAAAAGUGACAUAAAUGUUAGUUACAGGUGCACAGUACGAUUAUUAGAAGACACGGAAAUUGUGGAAUGCGAAUUUCAGCCCCACCACAAGGGCAAGUACCUCUUGGAGCACGUGUGCAAGCAGCUGAACCUGGUCGAGAGGGACUACUUCGGGCUGCGCUAUGUGGACUACACCCGCCAGAGGCAUUGGCUGGAUCCUGCCAAAACAAUAAUAAAGCAAGUGAAAGAUAUGGAUCCCGUCCUGUUCAGUUUUCGGGUAAAGUUCUACCCGCCCGACCCGUUCCGCCUGAAGGAAGAGAUCACUCGCUACCAGAUCUACCUUCAGCUGAAGAGGGACCUCUUGCACGGGCGACUGUACUGCACCCCGACUGAAGGCGCCCUGCUGGCCGCCUACGUCAUACAAGCGGACCUCGGCGACCACGACCCGGACGAGCACGCGGACAACUACGUGUCGGAGUUCCGGCUGCUGCUGCGCCAGACGCCGGAGAUCGAGGAGAAGAUCAUGGAGAUCCACCGCACGCAGCUCAAGGGCCACUCGCCCGCCCAGACGGAGACCAACUUCCUGAAGAAGGCGUGCCAGCUGGACACGUACGGCGUCGACCCGCACCCCGUCAAGGACCACAGGGGCAACCAGCUGUACCUCGGGAUCAACCACUGCGGCAUCAUGACGUUCCAGGGCAGUCGCAAGACCCACCACUUCCGCUGGCCCGAGGUGCAGAAGAUCAACUACGAGGGCAAGAUGUUCAUCGUCCACUUGACGUACAAUGAGAAAAAGCACACAGUCGGGUUCAAGUGUCCGACCGGCGCGGCAUGCCGGCACGUGUGGCGGUGCGCCAUCGAACAAAUGCUCUUCUUCACGUUGCCGUCGAGCUCGGAGGCCCCAACGGUGGUGACGGGCGGGAGCUUCUUCUCGUGGGGGACCAAGUUCAAGUACACGGGCCGCGUGGAGCGGGAGAUCCUGGAGGACGCGGGCCCGGCGCGGCCGGACGAGCCCGCCGUGAGCCGCGGCGCGCGAACGUCCAGCCUGCGGCGCAAGGCUUCCAGCGUGCCGGCCACCCCCUCCACGCCCGUCGGCUCGGACCUGGCCGAGAUCCGGUACAGCAGCCUGCCGAGGUCGAACCACUCGGGCCCGCUGGCGGACAUGCGGCUGGACGGCGGGGCGGGCCUGCUGUGCUCGGGCGACCUGCCCCUCUCGUCCCCCUACUGCCCCGACAACACCCUGCCCCUCCUGGAGACGGUGUCGGAGGACCAGGAGAUCCCGGGCAGGUCCCGCGGCCACGCAGAAAUUCAGGAAUUAAUAAAUCACGAAGCUGCUCAGCAAGCUAAAGAGGAACUGGAAAAGGUAGACUCGGAGUCGAGCGAUGCUCAGGAGGUCACUAGAGUUAAAGGCACGACUCGGGCGGAUGGUAAAGUUGUGGAGGAUGCGCCCAAAACUCCAGAUGUGACAGACGGGACUCCCGAGCUCACGUCGAGCGACAGUCGCGGCAAGGAGGUAGACAGCGGCCGCGGCUUCGACGACUACUACUUCCGGGACUCGUUCGAGCACUCGUCGUCGGAGUCACAGCUGGCGGAGCUCGGGGGCGGGGCGAAGGCGAAGGCGGCGGCGGCGGCGGCGGCGGCGGUGGUGCCCCUGAGGACCACCCCGGUGGGGCGGGCGCCCUCGAGGCCGCCCCCGGGGUCGCCCCCGGGCCCCGGCCCCCACCGCCGCUUCAACCUGCUGCAGGUGUUCGUGCCCUCGUUCGCGCUGGUGGCCGUGUCGCUGGCGUUGGCGACCGUGCUGGUGCUGGAGUCGGACUGCGACGCGCUGGGCUCGGUGCGCGCCUGGCCCGAGAUGGUCGCGCUGCGCCGGGACUACUACGAGCCCGCCAAGGAGUUCGUGCGCCGGAGGCUCUCGCGCCUCUUGUCGUAAGACGAGUUCCCCCUCGCGCCUCGCGCUGCCGUUUUUCAACUGGAAAAUCAAAACUCAGUUCUGCAGGUGCAACUACACAUAUCUCAAUUCUUCAAUAUUUUCACUUUGUUUGAAAAAUCCAUUGGACUCUCUCUGGGUUAAAAGGUAACAAAAGUUAAUAUAGUAAAACCCUUUUAAGAAAAUCUCGCUUAAGAAAAUUUCCUGCAUAAUAGAUUUUUUUAAAAAUUAGCACUUAACUCAUAAAUAGAUACAAUUUUACCCUUUUUAUAAAUUUUUCUUGCUACUUAGUCUAAACUUUUUGUAAGUACCUCGAGAAACUUAACAGGGUUUACUAUAUGUAUUUGUGUUUUUACAAAAAAAAACUAAAUAAUUUGUUUGCUCAGAAUUCGUAUAAUAUUCAAAGAAUCUAUUAGUGCAUACUGAAAUGGACACAGUUCAUCAGCACAAAGUUAAGAUUUAUUACUAAAUGUGUUACUUGAUUUUUUUUUUCCACGUUUGAAUAGGAUGGAAUGAAAUUGGCUGAAAUGUGACUAUUUACAUUUUACCCUGAAACCAUCCGAUUAUAUUUACUCGAAAAACUAAUUUAAUACUUAAGUUAUUUAAAGUGUUUCAUUAAUAACCAGAAAUACGUGUUUCACAUCACAACAAAAUUUGUUGGAAUAAAUGUGUAUCUCAAUGUGUGAUUUGUUAUUUGGAGAUAUGUGGUGUUGCAUCUGCAACAUUGAGAUAUCUUUCGCAAGCGAAAGCCUUAGGUUAAGUUUUACACGAUUAGGUGAUUAAUUCAUUCGACAAAUAUUCAGAACUUUGGAUAUGAAAAUAUUGUGUUUUAAAAGUGAGCAUUGUGCAACGCUUCUGUAAACAGAGCAAGGAAAUGGGAGGAACAAAUUUCCUUACACAAAUAUUUACUCGAAAAAUUAAUUUUUUUAAAUUUAAAUCACUGCCUACAAUUGUCUUGUAUCAAUUUCUGAAGAAAAAAAAGUAUCAUGUUUUUAAUAGUUUUAUAAUCGUAAGCAUCUUAAAAACUAAUACUUGUACAGUUUUUUGACUGAUAUGAAAUGGAUUUAAUGUAUCAGCUCUGCAUAUACAUAAUACCAAUACGUAAUGUCAUUAUUUUUGUGGAAUCAUUUAGAAAUUGUGUUAUAAAAGCAAUUGAAAGUUUUUAACCUAAUAAGAUGCUUUGAAUUAGCUAUUGAAACUUCAUGCUUUUGUAAUCAGCAACCAUAUAAUUGACUAGAAUGAAAUUCUGUGCCAAAUAGUUCCCCCUUCUAACCCAGCAUUGUAGAGCAUUUUAGUAGGUUUAUGUGCUCAUUUGUGAGAAGUAGGCAUGUACCGUACUGAUAAAAUUUGGUGACACCCACCGAGAAGUUGAUCACAAGUUGGAUAUUAUAACCUGUGUGACCAAAUGCUGUGUAGUCUUAGUUGCUGAUAGUUUUAUCCUUUGAGAGUUCUUGAUGUAGGACAUAGAAGAAGAGAAGGAAAAUAAAUUUUCUUGUGAAGAACACAGUAUUUAGUGUUGCACAUACAUCUGUGUUAAAAUGCGUGUGCUCGUGGAAGAUCGGCCAAAUAUCUGCAGUAUCAGAAAAGUCACAUAUCAAGCACAGACCGACACUAGCGUGAAUGUGCCUUUUGGUCUAGUGAGCAUUUUUGAAAGUCCUUAGAAUAUAUUAUUUUCCCCUCUUCCUGCCAUCUUGAGUAUCUCUCCACUGCAGUAUGACUUGUAUCCAUCCCUUAAACAUGUCAAAUUGAUCGCUUACAGUGAGGCCCCUGUAAAUCAUAUCCCCGAAUAACCCGAGCCUUUUUAAAGGAACAAUUAAACAGAAAUAAAUAACAAUGAAGAAGUUUCUGUACUGCAAUCAGAUGGCGAUUAAACGCACAAAUAAACAUUUGAGGAUGUAAAAAUGCAUUUUGUGCCAGUAUUGCAGGCAGAGUUAAUGUUUUAGUUGGUUCGCACAAUUGUAGCUGUACUGUACACAAUGCCACGAUGAGUUAAACCAUGCAGAGAGACACGGGGCGACAGGCGGUGUGUGUUUGAAAUGUAUUUUGUUUAAUAUUAAGGACGUUUUCGGUCUGAAUGUUGUCUUAAAAUCGAUUUUCCUUUAAUUUUCCAGCUAACAUAGGUGACAGCAUAAUGCCGGAUUAUGGGCAAGGGGCAAAGAAGGAAGGGAUACAGUUUUUGCACCGUGUUGAAAAGAGUUUUAUUAUUAUUAUCAUCAUCAUCAUCAUCAUCAUCAUCAUCAUCAUCAUCAUCAUCAUCAUCAAAUCAUCAUCAAUCAUCCAUCCAUCAUCAAUUUAUCAUCCAUCCAUCCAUCAUCAAAUCAUCAUCAAUCAUCAUCAAUCAUCAAUCAUCAAUCAAUCAUCAUGUCAAUCUAUCAUCAUCGAGAAAGCAUUUAGUAGAUGUUACAAAGACCAUAUUCUAAAGAGCAAUUUUUUUGGUCGUUGCCUGGCAGCAGUGCGGAACAUUCUCCAUCUGUGCUCCUCCAAUAUCUUUGUACUAACCCUGAUUUUUGCCAUCCCAGAUUGCUUCUCGGCCGACUUACAGAGGUCGUCCUUCAUUCCAUCGUGCCAGCGGUUAUUCUCGAUGAGGGCUUGAUCUCGCGUCACGUGGCUAGGCACAGAGGCUCAAGGUCUCUGGGCUCGAACCCAUGACUUCCGCCACACAUCAGCGUGGUGCGAUCGCAGUCCCUUUGAGUCCUGUUCACCAGUUCUAACGUCGCGCUUUGCAACGGGCAGGCGUUUCUGGUGUCAGUACUUGCUUUCGAAAGUGCUCAGUAAACCGACCCAAACGUAGCAGAGCCGUCGUAACUCUUGACACUGUGGCAACCUUUACCGAGCAGAAAAGUACGAAUGGUGAAUUCUCCUCCAAAGACUUAGGUACUUUAAUUAUAUUUCGACAUAGCUUUGGUUUUUGGGGGGGUACAUAUUUGCUGUAUGAUAAGCUUCAACUGAAUUGCCAUGCUGUUUAUUCUAAAAUUAAUACUGUAUUAAUUAAACCAAACAACUGUGCAUGGUGGAGGGGGGAUGGCAUUGGAUCUUACGAUCUUUCAAGCUAUAGUUAACAAAUUCAAACUCGUAGUGUACCAGGAAAUUUUUGCACUUGUAGGUAAUACACUCCUAUUUCCUUGUUUAUCUGUAAUGAGAAUGCUCUAGGCUUGUGCAUUCAGAUAUCUGUCUUCCUGUGGAAAAAUGAGAUGUGUACGAAAGUUGUGAAAAUUUGUUGGUAGUUUUUCGUAACAUGUAAUUGCACAUCUGUUAUAAUAAUUUUUUUUUUCUGUUUUAAUGUUGCAUGGUUGCAUUAUUUUUGCAUUGUUGUUCAGAUGUCUAGAUACAAAAUUCUUUUAUAUAUAUAAAUAGGCUUGGGCAUUUUUCGAAAAUAACUCUCGUUCAUUGGUAGCAAUUUUACAAGCUUGUGUUCAGAAAAGAUCCAAACUAUUCUAUAAUUUUUCUUGCCCCUUGAAAAAUCAAUGUAACAUUCAGAUUAUAAAUAGCCCUGCCCAAGUUUUUUUUUUUUCUUAGUGCUUGUCCGACUGUUAAGCAUGUGUUUGAUUUGUUGGCUGUUGGAAACUCAGGGUGCGUGUCGCAGAAGCUCAGCUGAAUUAUUACUUAAAGAACAUUUUUUAGUGAAAUUACCUAGUUUCACCCUAUCUCUCAUGCUAAACAACACUUUGUCUUUAUUUAAUGUUUCUUUUACAACUGCAUCCACUGACUGGUUUACAAUUCUCUAACUGCAACCAAAUACUAUACAUUAAUAGUUUUAUAGUCAAUACAUAUUAUCUUCACACUUAAUGAAUCAAAAUUUAAAAUAUGAAACAAAUCUUUCUUCUUAAAUGUCUUAUCUGCAGCAAGUAAUUUGUACUCAUUCCAUAUUAAAACUGUGUUUUUUUAUUAAAAGAUUUUUUUUUCCUUUGAGAUUACUUAUAUAAUGAAUAAAAAUGUUAAAUUAUGAUAGAUUUGGAAUGUUUGUUAUUUUCAAGUAACACUAGUGAAAAAAUACUUGGAAUUUUGUUUUGUUGAAAAGUUUUGGUUUGUUUUGGAAAAACAAAGAAAUAGAGCAACAGAUAAAAAAAUUGUCUAGAAAUAAAAUUCAGUGACUAAAAUAAAAAAAAGUCAAUAUAUAUCUGUAUAUCAAGAUGUAUAGUUUACAACAGAAAAAGUUAAAAAAUCAGCAUAUAUUGUUGUGACAAAACUAAUUACUAUCCUUCUUCACCAAUAAUGUUUCACUCUUUUUCAUCUAAGUACAGUGAAUAUCAAAGAAGAUCUCUGCAUGAUUCUUGGUUACAAUCUCAUUCUGUGGCAUUUGAAUAGACUAUUUCUUAUCUCUGAAUUAAUGCGGUUGCUUCAUUUACUUAGAACUUUUUCACUUAUGGGGAGAAAAAAAAAUACAAAACAGUUUUUGAUAUGAAACACAGGAAAAUCAUGUAGUUUUAACAUGUGGGUAGAGACAUCAUAGUCAUUAAUUCAAAAUUUGAAGCUUUGAAGGACUUAAAGAGAGGUGUGAAGAUAUACUGUGAAUGAGAAUGACAUCUUGGUGCUGAAUGAUAAGAAAAUAUUUUGUAGAGAUAACUCUUGUGUGGUGGUGUGCAGUUAAGACAUAGUUUGUUAAAACUUCAUAUUUGUGCAGUAAAUACAUUUAAAUCACAUACAUAUAUCUUCCCUUUUCAUCAGUAUAGUGGUAAUUUUUACAUGAAUGUUUAUAAAUUAAAAAUUUAGACAAAAUUGAAUAGGGCAAAAUUGUUUCCUUUUGUGAACUUAUUUUUAAAUAUAGUAAGAAAAUUCCCAUAAAAAUUUUGCUACAGGAGUUUCUUGUACACACGGUGUUGCAGAAAAAUUUUGAUUGUGGCUCCCGAGACGUAAGUUGAUGAAACGUGCGACCAGCCUAGAGCUUGAGGAGUGUAAACUGGGUUUCCAACAGGCGUGCUGCGUUCUGUCGUCGAUGUUUGUGAAGCGCGAAGGACUUCUUCUCGCCGUGUCGUCUCUCCAAGUGCCUGUGUCUGCAGCGUAACGAGCUGUCUUCACCCUCGUCGUCGCUUCUCGAUAACUCUCAAACCAUAGUCAAUAAAGUGCUACUUCGUCGUGCAGCGCCGUUUUCGUGUUUUGUCGAGCUGCUGGAAAUUAAACAGCCGUCGCUUUCUCGGUCAUUGGUUCUCUUGAAGUUCUGUUUAAGAUCGUUUGUAUUUAUUAGAGGUGGGUCGAGUUCAAGUGUGUGCUCAAGGGAAGGAAAUUGGAUUAUAUUCUGUCCUCCCCUCCACGUGAGAUUUCGCAGAAUAAAGGCACUCCUUGCUGUGCACUGAAGUGUAGUAAUAAAAUAUCAUUUUUAAAACUAAAAUCCCGGCUGUGUCACUGGUCGAGUGUCAUUAAAUUUAGUCGAGAAGCCAAGUCAUUUAGACCAUAGUCGAUAAAUGAUAGUAGUUAUGAAUGUCUCCCUAGUUUUUCUUUGUUUUAUUUUUAUUGCAUUCACCAUUUGUUGCAGAUUCUUCACCAAGUUAAAUUACUUUUGGUAAAAUUUUUGCUUAGAAGACUGAGUUAAAAAAAAAAAAUCUAGGUUAGUGCAAAAAUAUAUGAACAUAAAUUACUAUGUUUAUUCAGAUAGUCGAGAAGACCUUCUAAUCCUAACAUCAUCAGGAGAGUUACGGUAACUUAAACAGUCCAGCUGUAGUUGUAUAGAAAUAUGAGGAAAAUAAAAAGCAAAAUCUGGAAAUGUUUUUGAUGCUUUAAUGUUCUGGAAAGAAAACUGCUUUACCAGGGCCACGUCUCGUUAGCCAAGGAAUUACUGGGAGUGCAGCCACAUUAAAUACCAGCUUCAAGGCUUAAAAUAUAAUGCAAGAUAUUAACCUAUCACUUCCAUUCCUGUUGUAAUAAAUAUCUGCACGUAGUUCACUAAUCAUGUGAUAUAGCAUGAAACAAAACAUGAUAACCUCCCAUUAAAGUGAGUUCACAUGCGUUAAGUGAUGUUUGCUUUUGUAUGGUGACGAGAGAGUUAGGUAUCCCAUGAAGCCAUUGCAAACACUUAAGGUGUACUAUCUAUAAAUAGGGUCAAGAUAGUGUGGUUUCAUUUUUAGGCUAAUUUCGUUUUUAAAACAGGAGUUUUCAGUGUUAAUGUUUUUAUUAUUUUUUUAAGUCUUUUUAUUCAUAAAUAAAGCACAUUAUUAAACAUAUAUGACUCGUGAUUUUUGCUAUUAUUUAUUGCACUUUUACAAUAUACUAAUUUUUAGUAAGCAUUAUGCACUACUCGGAACUAUAAAAAUAGUUUGCAAGUAUAUUUGUGUUUUUGAAAAAUGUACCAUUGUCAUAAUGUAAAAAAAAAAAAAGAGUUACUAAUAACAAUUAUUGCAACAUAAAAAAUAACUAAAA